AUGGAAAAUAGCCAUAAAAUGGAAAGCAAUGCUAGAAGCUUUGAAAAUCUAGAUGAGAAAUACAGAUAUACCUCUGUUGGUUGUCUAGUAGAUUACCUCAAAGCCAAUGGUUACACUCCAAUAGAAGUCCUAAUAGACUAUGUUAGCUCUAUAAGGCACUUGAUGACCACUAGUAAGGGAAAGCCGUUCACCAAAAAUGCCUUUGAAAUCGUUGACUAUGCCUUGACUUGGUACCCUAACAUAUUUAAAUUAGAGGGUUGUCCUGAAAAUACCCCUGGCCGCAUCGCUUACACUGUACUUUAUAUCAAUUAA